CUCGUUUCUUUUACUUUCCCUGAUUCCCUUAAUUUACAUUUCUAUUUGGUUUUCACGUCUUCAACUAUGGAGAAGAGGCUGUAUGAGGCAGCAGUUAUUGGUAAUACUGAUGCCCUUUCUGAUCUAAUCAAAGAAAAUCCUAAAGUUCUUGAUCGAAACUAUAUGAAUUCUGAGGGUGAUAAGAAUGCUCUUCACUAUAGUUCAAUGUUCGGCCAUGAGGGUUUUGUGAAAGCCAUUCUAACAGCCAAUGAUUCAUCAAUCAUUUCUCGUCACAUGUGUUUGGCUGGGGAUCGAAACGGCAGAAACCCGUUGCAUCUUGCUGCAAUGCAUGGUCAGUUGAACAUCUUGCGUUUGAUACAUGAUCAUGAUGGGUUGAUUCAAGCAGCUCUAGCCAAAAAGGCAGAUGGAGGGAAUACCAUUUUACAUUUAUGUGUGGAGCACAAUCAGCUAGAAGCCUUGAAAUUACUACUUGACACUUUUACCGAUCCUGAAUUCCGAAGUGCCAAGAACGAAGACGGAAUGACCAUAUUACAUCUGGCCAUAUACCAUAACCAUAAUCAGAGAAGGCGGGAAAUCAUCAUUUACUUGAUAGAUAAAGUUCCUGAAAUUAUCAACACAAGUAACGCAAAUGGAAAGACAGCAUGGGAUCUUUUCUUGGAGCAAGCUAAUAUCGAACAGACGUUAAGUCUAUGGCUCUUGCUAAUCUUCAAUACACGCAGAUUGCGUCGUGUCCUGAACCAAAGCACAAUUGACAACGGAAUUGUAGUCUCACUACUGAAGACAAAAGCGUUUGCUCACAAGAACAUAGUCACCAGAAAGGGUACCAAACACCGCGAGACGUUGGAAAAACGUAAGGACGCAAUAAUGGUUGUGGCCUCAAUAAUUGCAACCAUGGCAUUUCAAGUUAUGUUAAGUCCUCCUGGGGGGAUUUGGCAAGAUAACCUAUUGGAAGGUUCAAAACCACAUAGAGCAGGACAAAGCAUAAUGGCACAAGCUCAUCGAACCUACUACAAACAGUUGAUUGGAACAAGCUCUACAGCUUUUGUUGCAUCAUUGAGCGUAAUUAUUCUGCUGGCUCGUGGAUGGAACAUCCAUCAAUGGAUUUUUUUUGCUAUUUCGACGACACUUAUGUGGUUAUCGGUGGCAUCAAUCGCUGUUGCUUACGGUAUAGCAUUGGUGACCAUCACACCUGAAUCAUUGAGAGGGUCUUUAACUGGCGGAGGUCAGAUAGCUAUCAUCGUAAUCAUGCUAUGGGCCGCCAUCUUCAUCGCCUGGGCCCAUGGAUUUCUACCAGAUCGAGUUGUCGCAAAAUCUUUGCCGCGAAGGGGGGCGUGCACCGACCAACCAGUUUGAUUAGUGACGCUAGAUAAUCCAGUUUAAUAUGAUAGAAACUACAAUGUUGUGUUCUCUUAUUUUCUCUGUCUCGAAACUAUUGUUCAGUAUAAUUUUCACAUUUAGAAUUAAACUGAACAAUAGUUUCAGGACGGCGAAACUGGUGUUUGUGUUUAUCUGCAUCCAUGCAUUGAAGUGAAAAAGAAAAUACACAAUUUUGUCCAUCAAGCAUGCAACAAUGAUUUUGAAAUCCAUAUCUUAGAAAUACAAU